AUGAGCUACGCUUGUGAGACAUGCGACCGCUGUUUCGGCUCUUGGAACGCAGCCAGGCAACACAUGGAUGCUCUAGAUCAUUGGGACGACGAGGAUGAAUUUGAAUGCGACAAGUGCGAUCGCACGUUCACCACACAGGCUGGCUGCAACCAGCACAUGACAGCCCUGAGUCACUGGUAUACUGACACUUGCGAGACUUGUGAGAGACGCUUCGUGAACAAGCAUGCGGCAGAGCAGCACAUGGAUGCUCUCAACCACCAUGCGUUGCCUUACUGUACCAGCUGCGAGCGCCACUUCCAGAAAGCAAUCGAUCUGUUCCAGCACAUGAACUCAUCAAUUCACAUACGCGCUGAUCCCAUCAACCCAGCCCCUAUGCCUGCUGUCAGCUCAGUUCCCGCCUCUCAACCUGUUGUGGCCGCUUCGCCAGCUGCUCUUCCUCCAGCUGUGGUUGCUACUCAGCCCAUGAGCAGCUUGCUGGCCGAAACUCAACUUACAAAGCCAUGCACAACUUGUAUUCCUUUCAAAGCUUUUAUCGAGAAGGACACUCUCUCGAUAAUGUUGCAUUACCAGUCAAUCACCAGCAUGCGCUCUUACCAGACCUUCUCAUUUGAGGAACUGCGAUUUGCUGACUACCGAGCUGGCUGCAGGCCCACCAACAAUGGCGACGGAGAGAUCUCAUCAGUCAUGUACCGUGACCAAUCUACUCAAACCGACAAUCCUCGCCGUCCCGCAUCAUCAGUCUACGUUUCGGCCACCUCGUCUCGAGCCAAUACACCCGGUCCCGCUAUAGACGACCCUGGAAGCAUCGUCGAGAACUCGACUUUCUCGUUGAGCGAGAUCAAAUCCCAGGACACAAAACCUGUCCUGAGACCUAAAGUCCUCAGCUGUCCAUUCUGUCAUAUCGGUUUCGACGCCGUCUGGCAAGUCGCUGGACAUCUGGAAACAUCAUCCUGUCCACAACGCCCCGAUUUAAACUGCAGUAGCAUCCACCGUUAUCAACGCCAACAAGAUCCCAAUGAAACCAUGGUUCUACAGAUAUCCGGUGUCGCGAUCGAAACACACCUGUACCGUUGCCCAAAUACGGCUGGGGGCUGCAGUGCAAAGUUCAUGUCUUCCUUUACUGAGCUGAUUGCACAUCUUGAAAGCGAAAAUUGUGGUUUCAUCAAGCGUGAAGAACUGUGGAAAGACAUCAGCGAGUGCAAGAAUCUAUGGGAAGGCAUAGGUGAUUGUUGA